AUGUACUUUUUCCUGUUUAACUUGGCCAUGAUAGAAAUUGGCUCCAUCUCAGUCAGAGUCCCCAAAUCAAUGGCUGUUUCUGUGUCCCUCAUGGAUGACAGGUCCAUUACUUAUUCUGGGUGUGUUGCUCAGGUUUUCUUAUAUAUCUUUUUUGCACCAUUGGAUUUUAUUGUUCUAACUAUAAUGGCACAUGAUCGCCAUAUUGCAAUCUGCUACCCACUUGAGUAUGAGAGAAUUAUGCACAAGGGAACCUGCCUUGAGAUGGUGGCCAAAGGGUGGAUAGUUAGUAUUUUUUUUGCCAUAUUGCAUACAGGUGGCACCUUUGCAAACACAUUUUGUUCUAAUACUAUCAAUUUAUUCUUUUGUGAAAUCCCACAUUUAUUAAAGCUUUCCUGCUAUUCUAUUUAUUUAACUGAAUUAGGGUUUCUUGCACUAAGUUGUGGUGUAGCACUAGGAUGCUUUGUCUUCAUUAUAAUAACUUACCUGAAGAUCUUUGCCACAGUGCUGAGAAUCCCAUCUGUACAUGGACAGAAAAAAGCUCUCUCCACCUACAUUCCCCAUCUCACCAUUGUCUCUGUGUAUGUAUUAACAGGGAUCUUUGCUCAUGUAAUUCCAUCCAGGGAUGCUCCUUCUGCUCUGGAUGUGGCUUCUGGUGUGAUAUAUUCCAUAGUUCCUCCCACCCUGAAUCCAUUCAUCUACAGCAUGAGAAACAAUGAAAUCAAAGCUGCUUUGUGGAAUAUUUUAAAAUUGGUGCAUUUUUUCUCACAACAUCAUCCGAGUUAA